GUGGCCGGGAAAACGGGGUCCAAGUUGCGGAUGAGGUUGAGGUCGACGUCGACGUUUCUGGUUUGGACACUAUCGAUAAGGCCAGGAACCGAUGGAAACCCAAGGCCCAAUUCGAUCCGUUACAUUCAUUCAUACAUCGACUUGUUCAUACAGAAGCACAACGCAACGCAGCGCAGCGCAACGUCAUUGCUAGCGUCGCAACGAGCUCAAACCGACUCUACAAGAGCCCAGCCACCCGACCCCAUCUUUCAGGGCCACCCUCAUCUUGCCUCGCGAUAAGCAUCACCACCAAGGAUGACGGAGACGGUACCGACACCCGAAGCUGCAGCAGCAGCUCGCGCCGCCGAGCAAGUCCGCCUGCGCAAAGAGCGCCGCGAGGCCAAAAUCAAGGCCGGUGGAGCAGCAAGACUGAACAAGAUCACCGGUCUUGGAGGCGGUUUCCAGCGAGAUCCCGCGCCAGCAGAAGCUCCGGCUCCAUCUCCUCCUCGACCAUCCUCUCGGACCAGCACCGCACCCCCACCACAGUCAACUACACCUUCCUCAUCGCAAAACCCCAGCAGCAACAGCCAGACCAACCAUGACGAUCCUGACGAGGUCGACAUAUCACAACACUACUAUGCCCCGCAGCAGACACAGAGGGUCCCCGAGCCCUCGCUCUCCGAGGCCCAGCUCCGACAGAUGAUGCUUGGCUUCGAGGCUCCUGGCGGCUCCGGCCCUGCCACCCCACCACGCGGAAACCCCUUCUUCGAUCCCAGCGGCGCUGGCAUCCCCCCAGGCAUGGACGGUCUGGCAGACGACCCCAUGAUGAAGAUCAUGCAGCAGAUGAUGGGCGGCGCCGGUGGUCCCUUUGGUGGCGGCGCAGGAGGCGGUAACCCCUUUGCCGGCACCGGAAUGGAAGGGCUGUUUGGUCCUGCUGCUGCCGGCGGACCUGAGGGCCUACAAGCCCAGCAGGCCGCUGCCGUGACCGACAAGUCGGCCAACGUUUGGCGAAUCCUGCAUGCCGUGUUUGCGCUGGGCCUGGGCCUGUACAUCGCUCUCAGCACGACUUUCACGGGCACCAAGACAGAGCGGGAUUUUGGUGCGCUAUCCGCCAGCGGCAGCACUACCACCGUCACCAAGGACGACUUCGGCGAUUUCGUAGUCGACGGCAACAGCGCGAAAAGCAUCGACCAGGCACGAGCCUACUUCUUUUACCUGUUCACCUCAAUCGAGGCCGUCUUGUUGACGACGCGCUACUUCCUGGACAAGAAACGGGCACCGCCAAGCGGUAUCCUGUGGACGAUCUCCGGGUUCCUGCCAGGACAACUGGGCACCGGCGUCAAACAUGCCUUGCGGUACGGUGAGAUCUUCAGCACUGUGCGCAGCGAUGCAUUGGUGUGCGUGUUCGUGUUGGGAGUUUGCUGCUGGCUGAGGGCUUGAGAGUAUACCGUUCAGACCGAACAGUCUGGGGAGGAAUACGGUGCUCGCUGUUGGCGGAUAGGGGCGAAUCAUGAUGAUAUUGACAGAACUACUAGCAUUGGGUAUGACGAGGCUGGAGCAUGGCAACGGCGUUUGGCGGCUGGCGUUCCUGUACCAUGUACCGGAAAGCAUUGCUGUGAUGAGACACCACACCCCCUCAAAAUUAGGCAUAUAAUGAUGAUCGCAAGUUGAUGAGCAAUUGU